AUGAAUCCCGACCCUUGUGACUGUCUCUGUCCACCAGAACAUCCCACGCGGGAGCUGGUUCUCUGUUUCGACGGGACGGGGAAUACCUUUCGCGCGGAUGGUGGAGAGAGCAACAUUUUAAAAAUCUUCCGCAUGCUGGACCGGAAAAAGGAUAAGAGAUUCUGUUACUAUCAACCGGGCAUCGGAACGGAGGACAUGGAAGCCGGGACCGUUGCCAACAUCGCCUUCCCUUUCAGCAACCGUCCCCUGUACAAAAUCAUCGACCAGGCAUUUGCCACCUCCUUCGCCCAACAUGUCAUCAACGGAUACCGCUUCCUCGCCCGCCGCUGGGAGCCAGGCUCCCACAUCUACCUCUUCGGGUUCUCGCGUGGAGCCUACACGGCGCGGUUCCUCAAUGAGAUGCUCGACUUUAUCGGGCUGAUCUCGGCAGACAACGAAGAGAUCAUGCCGCUGGUCUGGAAGGCCUUUGUCUCGUGGAAGUUCGCCGACAGCGGCAAAACCGCCGACGAAGCCGACUUCAUCCUGCGAAGUUUCCGCGACACGAUGUGCCGAUCGGUAGGCCGAGUCCAUUUCCUCGGCCUAUUCGACACGGUCAACAGCGUGUUCUUAAACCAAGAAAACAAGGACCUGCGAACGCAUCCCAAGCCACGCAUCAUGCGUCACGCCGUGAGUAUCGACGAACGCCGCCGCAAGUUCCAGCCCGUGCUCUUCGAAAAGCUCCGUGCUCAUGCCCGGUCCGCCCGGGCGAGCACGUGGGUCGAACGCGCGGAUAUCGAGUACUGGGGCAAUAGCGGCUUCGUCGGACACGCGGACACGGAAUUCGAGGAGGUAUACUUCGCCGGCAGCCACAGUGACGUGGGCGGCGGGUGGCCACGCGAGUACGGACGGGACUGGGUGGCCAGCCAGAUCCCGCUGAUGUGGAUGGUGGAAGAGGCUAUAGAUGCCGGACUGACCUUUGAGCCGGAACAACUGCACAAACUGGGCUGUUUCAACUUCAAGGCGCAGGAACAAUGCCAAAAAGAUGUUCUGUAUGAAGCGCAGCGAGCGUUCCUCCACAACUCGCUGUUGUAUGAUUCAGGCGAACCCCUGGAGACGAUGAUCUGGCGUGUGAUGGAGAUGUUGCCGAUCAAGCGGCCCAAGAUGGGACCCGACGGGACGGUGAAGAUGUCGCGAUGGCACGCUGGGGGGGAGCGACGGCUUUUGCCCGAUGGGGCGAAGCUGCAUUUCAGCGUGAUUGAACGCCUUCGCAGAGACCCGGACUAUCGGCCGUGGAAUCUGGGAGUGGGGGAUCUGUCGGAUGUAGAGGGGUUGAUUGCCACCUGGGCGCAUACCAUCCACGACAAGGAGGGAGGACACGACAAGGUGAUUGAGAAUGGAGCGGAAGAUGACCAGGAUCGACGACGGCACACGUUGUGUGAAUAUUACAGUUGGAAGCUGGAGCCGGAUGAGAGACGGAGUCGGAGGCGACUGCGGCGGUGA